AGAAAACGCAGACAUUGACAUGUUAGAAGCGAUGCUACGUGGUGCGCGAGUGAGGAGUGAGCGACCGAUUUUUGCGCCGAAUCUGGAGGAAGUGCCUGCAGUCAUUACGGGUUGCAUUCCUCACUACCAUCCCUGACUCUUUUCCUAGUAGAAAAGAGGCCGAGAAUUAUGUGCUGGAGAGUGUAAAAAUUGCGUAACCUCUAAAGUAAUCUACUUCGCUCUCCUGUGGCACGCUGAGAGCGGACUGCACAAAUUGGCCAAGAAUUAA